AAACCUAUUUAGCAGUUUUACCAGAAUCUUGCUCCUGUUGUUCUUGCUGCAUGCGUCUUUCAGCUUUAUCUCUACAGACGGCUAUGAUGCUUUUGAUCCCACUGGCAAUAUUACCAUCAAAUGGGAUAUUAUGACCUGGAAUGCUGAUGGAUAUGUUGCUGUUGUUACAAUCUUUAAUUUCUACAAAUACCGACAUAUUGAAUCCCCGGGUUGGCAAUUGGGUUGGACAUGGGCCAAAAAAGAAGUAAUCUGGAAUAUGAUGGGGGGUCAGGCAACAGAGCAAGGAGAUUGUUCAAGAUUCAAAGGAACCAUCAUCCCUCAUUGUUGCAAGAGAAAGCCGACAAUUGUUGAUUUGAUGCCAGGAACUCCUUACAAUCAGCAGGUUGCAAAUUGCUGCAGGGGUGGAGUUAUAAGCUCUUGGGUCCAAGAUCCAGCAAAUGCUGUGAGUUCUUUCCAACUUACGGUUAAUCAAGCGGGAACUAACAAUACAACUGCCAGAGCACCACAAAACUUCACACUGAAUACACCGGGGCCUGGAUAUACCUGUGGGCCUGCUAGGACAGUAAACCCAAGCAAAUUUGUUUCAGAAGACAAGAGAAGGGUUACCCAAGCUUUGAUGACAUGGAACAUUACCUGCAUGUAUUCACAAUUUUUGGCCCAGAAGACACCUACCUGUUGUGUCUCACUCUCAUCCUUUUAUAGCAAAUCCAUUGUGAGCUGUCCAACUUGCGCUUGUGGCUGCCAAAACAGCAUUACCCAACCAGGGAUCUGUGUAGAGUCCGAAUCUCCAAAUGUACCUUCUGCUCUUUCAAGAUCAGGCAAAAAUAGUCAUGCACCAUUGGUUCAAUGUACGCGCCAUAUGUGUCCUAUCCGAGUACAUUGGCAUAUUAAAGUUAACUACAAAGAGUACUGGCGAGUCAAGGUCACGGUCACAAAUUUUAACUAUAGAAUGAAUUAUUCUCAGUGGAAUCUUGUUGUUCAGCAUCCAAACUUCGAGCAUCUUACCCGGACUUUCAGCUUUAAUUAUCAACCGUUGACACCUUAUGCUUCCAUAAAUGACACUGCAAUGUUCUGGGGAACUAAAUUCUACAAUGAUUUGCUCAUGCAUGCCGGUCCUUCUGGAAACAUUCAAUCAGAACUUAUAUUCUGGAAGGAGAAAUCAACAUUCAGCUUUGAAAAAGGUUGGGGUUUCCCCCAAAGAAUUUACUUCAAUGGUGACAAUUGUGUUAUGCCACCUCCAGAUUUAUACCCAAAUCUGCCAAAUGCUAGUGUCCCUAGAGUUACAUCUCUACUUUGUCUCUUAACAAUGAUACUGGUGUCUUUGGUGAUUGUAUUGGGCUAUGUCUAGAAAGUUGGCUGAAAGAAAUGAAUAAAAAAGGGCUUUAGGUACAGAAUUUCCUUCAGAAAUGGAACUUGAGCUCUGUUUUAAAUCCUGUCAAAGCAUAUCCAAAAGUGAAGCUUUAGUUUGCAACUUCAUGUGAAAAGGGUA